AUGAAGGCACCUAAGAAAUUUAUUACAUUCUUUGAAGCAAUAGUUUCUGAUGAUGAAGCACUUCAAUUUCAUUACGAUUGUUUUAUGGCGUUUCAGCUACUUGCCUUUAAGAAAAUACCUAAGUUGCGAGAUCUGUCUUUGGCUAACAUUGGUUCGGUUCACAAGAGUUCUGAUCUCCGGAGGAGAUUGUCGGUGCUUUCUCUUGAAGAUUUAAGGGAUGUUGUCUGCUCAAAGCUCAAACUGGUUUCAAGACAUGAUUAUUGGGCAGAUAGUAAGGAUUUUCUGACUGAGGUCGUCUGCUCCUCUUUUGAGAAGCAACAGUCUCAGAAAGAAGCAAUAAACGCUCUGCCUUUGUACCCAAAUGAGCAAAUCAUGUGGGAUGAAAGUGUGAUUCGCAUUAACUAUUCUGGGGAAGGUUGCCUUGCUCUUUCAAAGCUUAAUCUUCAGUUUCUAACACUCCAUGAUUAUCUCCUUAGAAACUUCAACCUCUUCCGUCUAGAAUCCACCUAUCAGAUUCGUGAAGAUAUACAAGAAGCUGUACCACAACUUCUUGCACAAAUGGCGGUUCCUAUUAAUGAUUUCAAAAUCGCUCAGGUGAAACAGCCUAAUAUUGGAGAAGAAAAGCCUUCGGCUGUGACUGCAGAAGUUACUUUCAGUAUUAAGAGUUACAGAACGCAGAUAAGAUCUGAAUGGAAUUCCCUUAAAGAGCAUGAAUUGUUUUUGCUUUGUAUACGCCCUUCAUUUGAGCUAUUAAGUCCUGAGGAAGCUGAUAAAGUUACAGUUCCACAGAGGCUCGGGCUUCAGUAUGUUCGUGUUUGUGAAAUCAUCGAUAUCCGCGAUGAGGAGGGUAUUGAUGAAUGGAAGCCCCCAAAAGGUGAAAUGAGGACUGCGACUGUCGCUUUAGAUACUGCACAGUGUCAUUUAGAUGUUACAGAAAUUGGAAAAGGUGCUGAGGAUGUGUAUAGCACAUUUAAUGUGCUAAUGAGGAAGCCAAAGGAGAACAACUUCAAGGCUAUUCUGGAAUCUAUCAGAGAUCUCAUGAAUGAAUAUUGUAUUGUGCCGGAGUGGUUGCAUAAUGUUUUUCUUGGGUAUGGCAACCCUUCUGCUGCACAGUGGCCUAAUAUGCCAAACCUGUUGGAAACAGUGGACUUCAAAGAUACUUUCCUUAAUGCAAAUCAUCUCAGUGAAAGUUUUCCAGAUUAUGAGGUAUCUUUCAUCAAUGCUGAAGGUGCUGAAGCUCUGGAUCCAAGUCCUCCGUUCCGAAUCACUCUUCCAAAGACACUAAAAGGAAAUGCUGCUAUUUCUGGAAACAAGAUAUCUGAAGUCAAUUCAGCAGACAAUGUUAAUAUGGUGGAUGCUUCCCCGAAGGAGAAACUUAUUGUUGAGGCAUAUACCCAACCGGACCCAGGGCGUUAUCCUCAGGACCAGCCGAAGCAGAACUCAGUUAAAUUUACACCUACGCAGGUUGGAGCAAUUAUCUCUGGUAUUCAGCCUGGGCUAACUAUGGUGGUUGGUCCACCAGGUACCGGAAAGACUGAUACAAGGCAAAUUUUGAAUGUUUUAUACCACAACUGUCCUUCUCGGAGGACCUUAACAAUCACUCAUUCAAAUCAGGCUUUGAAUGAUCUUUUUGAGAAGAUAAUGGGGAGGGAUGUACAAGCGCGGUAUCUACUGCGUUUAGGUCAAGGUGAACAAGAGCUUGCUACUGAUCUUGACUUUAGCAGACAAGGCCGUGUCAUUGCCAUGCUUGUUCGGCGUCUGGAACUGCUCAAUGAGGUUGAGAGACUAGCAAGAUCUCUUCAGCUUCCAGAGGAUGUAGGAUAUACUUGUGAAACAGCUGGGUAUUUCUGGUUGCUUCAUAUAUGCUCGCGCUGGGAGCUAUUUCUCGCUGCUUGUGCAGGACAUGAAGACAAACAAUCUUUUGUUCGAGAUGGCUUCCCGUUCAAAGAUUUCUUCUCAGACACCCCUAAACCUGUAUUUAGUGGGGAGUCAUUUGAGAAAGACAUGAGGGCAGCUAAAGGUUGUUUCUCUCAUAUCAAGACUGUGUUCCAAGAGCUAGAAGAGUGUAGGGCCUUUGAACUACUCAAGUCAACUGCUGAUAGAGCAAAUUAUCUGAUGACCAAACAAGCAAAGAUUGUAGCAAUGAUGUGUACUCAUGCGGCAUUAAAGAGGAGAGAUUUUCUUCAGUUAGGGUUCAAAUAUGAUAACUCAUUGAUGGAAGAUAGUGCUCAAAUUUUGGAAAUUGAGACUUUCAUACCAAUGUUGCUUCAGAGGCAAGAAGAUGGUGGUCAUGCACGACUCAAGCGCUGUAUAUUGAUUGGUGAUCACCACCAGCUGCCUCCCGUGGUGAAGAAUAUGGCUUUCCAGAAAGAUAGUCACAUGGAUCAGUGUUUGUUUACGAGGUUUGUUCGUCUUGGUAUUCCUUAUAUUGAGCUCAAUGCUCAAGGUAGAGCCAGGCCAAGCUUAGCCAAACUCUACAACUGGAGAUACAGGGAUUUAGGAGACCUUUCCAUUGUUAAGAAAGCACCCAUCUUCCAGAGAGCAAAUACUGGAUUCUCAUAUGAAUAUCAGUUGGUGAAUGUGCCUGACUAUGAGGGGAAAGGAGAAUUGACACCAUCUCCAUGGGUUUAUCAAAAUCAGGGAGAAGCUGAAUGUAUCGUCAGUGUCUAUAUAUACAUGAGAUUGUUAGGAUAUCCUGUGAAUAAGAUAUCAAUAUUGACAACAUUUAAUGGUCAGAAGCUCUUAAUCUGUGAUGUUAUCAACCGUCGAUGUGUUCCCUAUCCAUUCAUUGGCCCUCCGAGCAAGGUAAAAUAUCCGACUCAAGUAUUUUUAUUAGUUGUUGAUAUGUACAGUGGACAACAGAAUGAUUUUAUAUUGCUCUCUCUUGUACGGACACGCUUUGUAGGUCAUCUACGUGAUGUAAGAAGGUUGGUAGUUGCAAUGUCACGUGCUCGGCUCGGUUUGUAUGUGUUCUGCCGCUGUUCUCUAUUUGAACAGUGCUAUGAGCUGCAACCAACAUUUCAACUACUUCUUCAAAGACCCGAGCGGCUCAGACUCAAUAGUGCUGUCGAGAAAGUUGGAAAUCCUUAUCUCGUUCAUGAUGUUGAAGAGCUGGCACACAUAGUUCACGAUAGGAUGAACCAGUUCUACCAGGCACAAGGAGUGUAGGAGCGAUACAAGAACAACAUGCCACAGACGGAAGAUGGUAAUCACGACAUGGAGAGUGAUUCAGUAGUAGGAGCUGUAGACGGUGAUGAAUCUGAGAGAAAUAUGCAGCAGCUAAACCAAGCUCUAGACAUAGACGGUGAAUUAUCGAAGGAGGUGGACAAUAAUGGAUUUAGCAGUGAGAAUGGAAAGGCUGAUGAGAAAAAUUAG